AUGAUCAAGAAUGAUGCACAAGCCGGAGUUCCAAAGAAGGCUGCCCCUCUAGUAACACCAAUAGUCACUCAACCACCGUUCCCCUCCCGACUUUCAACUUCAAAGAAGAAUAUGGAGGAGAAAGAGAUUUUGGACACCUUCCGAAAGGUGGAAGUAAACAUCCCUCUACUUGACGCAAUCAAGCAAAUCCCGAGAUAUGCAAAGUUCUUGAAAGAACUUUGUACCAACAAGAGGAAGUUGAAGGGAAAUGAGAAAAUUUUGAUGAAUGAAAACGCAUCCGCGGUUUUACAAAGGAAACUUCCACCCAAAUGCAAAGAUCCCGGAAUGUUCACGGUUCCUUGCAAGAUUGGGGAUGUCACUUUUAGUAGUGCUAUGCUUGAUCUUGGUGCUUCUAUCAAUGUCAUGCCCUAUUCGGUAUAUGAAUCAUUAAAUGUCGGACCCUUAAGUGAAACCGGUGUCAUAAUCUCUCUUGCGGAUAAAUCGAGUGUCUUUCCUAGAGGUGUUUUAGAAGAUGUCCUAGUGCAAGUGAACCAAUUAGUCUUCCCGGCGGAUUUCUAUGUGAUUGAUCUAGAUGAGCAAGUGUCCUCCAAAUCGGCUCUAAUCUUGCUUGGGAGACCGUUUUUGAAGACGGCUAGGACAAAGAUCGAUGUGUAUGCGGGAAGUUUGACAAUGGAGUUUGAUGCCAAUUACUCAAGAAUUGUUUGA